AGAAAUGAAUUGCAUAAUAUGUUCUGCCUCUAUAAGUAAUCACUUUUUCAUAUAAUAUACAUAAUUCAUGUGCCUUAAAAAUUUUGUGCAACAAAUAUAUGAUUUUGUAUUAAUUAUUCGUUUAUAUAUAUACAUUCUGUGUUAUAAUUUUAUUUUAUAAUUUUAUAUGUGAGAGAUGGAUACUGAAGAAAAUGUUGAAGAAAUUAUUCUUCAAUUACAUAAUGAUUGUAACUGGAAAGAUAUUGUAAAUUUAGCUUCCGUUAUUGACACUUCCAAAAACAGUAGAUUAUUUUGGGUAUUUCCAACUUUGGAUGAUUUAAGUUGGAUAACUGAAGUGAUUAAGAAGAAUAAGAUAUCAGGAGUAAUCAGCAUAGGUUGCGGUUGUGGCUUCAUCGAAUGGUUAUUGCAAAAUUACUCUGGUUUAAAUAUUAUUGGUAUAGAACUGGAUAGUUCGUGGUGGCAUAGUAAAUAUGCCCCCCCAUUAUUUCUUGAAAAUAUUGUUUUUAUUAAUGAAAAGAAAGGGAAAGAUCUUUCUGUACCAAAAGAUUAUGCACUUUUUUUCUGCUACUUUAAUAACGGAGAAGCAUUUUGUAAUUAUAUAGCUAAUUAUGAAGGAAGUAUAAUAUUUGUCAUUGGACCUGCGGAGGGCCAAGAACGUUCUACAGAUCCUCUUCCAUUCGAUGAGAAAUUUGCGAAGUACAAUUGGAAGUUACUUACAAAAAGACCGAUUAUGAAUUUUAAAGAUUACAUUGUUGUGUAUACUAGAUAAUAUUGUGUUUGUUUAAUUAUUUAUGUUACCGUUAGAAAAAAAUAUAUAUA